AUGACUUUCUCCAGGAAAAUCCAGCAGCAUAAGAGUAAGACAGAGAAGACAAGUGUUGAGGGUGAGUCAUGGUUGAAGAUUGUCAAAGUGAGAAUGAUGGCUGGGUGUGGGGAGUCUGCCCCUCGGCGAUCCUCUCCCUCCGCCCCCAAGGCCGCGCAGUCUCAAGUCUCCUCCCCUGGAGCAGGAACUGUCCCGCCUGCUCCGAGCCCCGCGACCCCCUCCACUGCCUGGAGGGGACCUGGUUGGGAGCCCCAGCUGCUCCCAGAGCUGUCCCCGGCGCGGCCCCUCCAGCGCCCCGGGGUCUGCGGUGGCCCGGGCGUGCGUGUGAGCGCCCCGCACUUCGACCCUCGGCUCCUGCGGCCCCGGGACCUCCCGGGGACUUCCCUCCCGGGUACUCGCGUCCCCCCAAGGAGGCUGCGGGAACUUUGCCGAAGCCUGACACCCAGGCGGGUGAGUGUGGGGGGGGGAGGGCCCGGCAGGGCCCGGGGCAGGGUGGCUGGGGGCUCCACGGGACGGGAGGGGGGCGGCUGGGGCGGGGUGGGUGUGCUCGGUCGGGCUGGGGGUGUCGCCCUGUCCCGCUCCCUGCCCUAUGGGGGCCGAGCCGCCUCCGCCGCCGGGCGGGUGCGCCGGGCCGACCGCGGCGGCGGUGUGGCGUUGUUACAAUGGGGGGUCGGGAGGCUCCCGCGACGGCGGGGUCGGAGGGAGGCGACCAUACCCAGGAGGGGACCGCGGGUAGCGGCGGCACCGCCACCAGCUCCUUGCGCCGGUUUCGUUUCUCCGAAGCUUGGUAACUUCCUGAGCGAAAAGGGCGGCUGGAAGUUGCCGGUUCGCGCCGGGCUCCUUUCCCCCACCCCCACCCCCAGGCCUGCGGCGGGUCUGGGGCGCUGGGGACUUGGGGAGGAAGAGGAGGCCGGGGAGUGGGGGUGGGGGAGCGGGCCGGGACGGUGGGGCUGGGCUGCGGCUGCAGCUGCGGCUCCGGCUCCGGUGCGGGCUGCGGCCGAUGCGGGGCUGCAUUGGGCCCCGCCUCCCCCUCCCCUGGAGCCCGCCGCGCGCCGCUCCUCUUGGGGCUGGGCGCCGUCAGCCCCCUGGCCGGUCUGCCCUAACCCCACGUCUCUUUAUUUCUUCUUGUCUCCUCUCCAGGCUUCCUUUGGAAGUUCGAGCCCAGUUGGGUCUUUGUCUUCUGAAGAUCAUGAUUUUGACCCUACUGCUGAAAUGUUGGUACAUGACUAUGAUGACGAAAGAACUCUUGAAGAAGAAGAAAUGAUGGAUGAGGGCAAAAACUUCAGUUCUGAAAUUGAAGAUUUAGAAAAGGAGGGAAAUAUGCCUUUGGAAGAUUUGCUGGCAUUCUAUGGCUAUGAAUCGGCAAUUCCAGGAAUAGCAGGUUCCAGUGCAAAUAGCUCCCCAAGUGAACUUGCAGAUGAACUACCAGAUAUGACACUGGACAAGGAGGAAAUAGCAAAAGACCUCUUGUCAGGUGAUGAUGAAGAAACGCAGUCUUCUGCUGAUGAUCUAACGCCAUCAGUGACUUCACAUGAAGCUACAGAUUUCUUCCCUCGGCCUUUAAGAUCUAACACUACUUAUGAUGGUGAUAAAGAAUCAGAGGGUGAAGAUGUUGAAGCAGAUGCUGGUAAUUCAUCUGAAGAUUUAAGGAAGGAAAUAAUGGUGGGUUUACAAUAUCAAGCCGAAAUUCCACCCUAUCUUGGAAAGUACAUCGGUAAUGAGAAGGUAUAUGAAAAUGAAGAUCAAUUACUCUGGACUCCUGAUGUGGUUCUGGAGAGCAAAGUUAAAGAGUACCUUGUUGAGACUUCUUUAAGAACUGGAAAUGAAAAAACGAUGGAUAAGACUUCUGAGGGAACACACACAAGGGAUAAUGAACAAGCACUAUAUGAACUUCUCAAAUGUAAUCACAAUGUAAAAGAAGCGAUUGAAAGAUACUGCAGCAAUGGAAAAGCAUCUCAAGAAGAGAUGACAGCAUGGACAGAAGAAGAAUGCAGAAAUUUUGAGCAUGCUCUUCUGAUUUAUGGGAAAGAUUUUCAUCUUAUACAAAAGAAUAAGGUGAGGACUAGAACCGUUGCUGAAUGUGUAGCAUUCUACUACAUGUGGAAGAAAUCAGAACGUUACGAUUACUUUGCUCAACAAACGAGGUUUGGGAAAAAAAGAUAUAAUCAUCAUCCUGGAGUCACGGACUACAUGGAUCGUUUGGUAGAUGAAACAGAAGCUCUUGGGGGAGCAGUAAAUUCUUCAGCCUUAACAUCUAACCGGACCGAUCCUCUUCCUGACCAGCAGCUAAGCAUUCUAAACUCCUUCACUGCCAGUGACUUGACAGCAUUGACCAAUAGUGUCGCUACAGUCUGCAACUCUACAGACGUGAAUUGCCUCGAUGACAACUUUCCUCCACUGGGCAAUUUGCCUCGGGGACAAGUAAAUCAUGUGCCUGUUGUAACAGAAGAGUUACUUAACCUGCCUAGCAAUGGUGAAAGUGAUUGUUUUAAUUUAUUUGAGACUGGAUUUUAUCACUCAGAGCUAAACCCCAUGAACAUCUGUGGCGAAGAGUCCGAAAGACCAGCAAAGAGAUUAAAAAUGGGCAUUGCGGUCCCUGAAGCUUUUAUAAAUGAUGUUUCUGUAAAUAAUCUGGGUGUGGACUUUGAAAAUCACACGCAUCAUAUCACCAGUGCCAAAAUGGCCGUCUCAGUGGCUGACUUCAGCAGUCUAUCUGCAAACGAGACAAAUGGUUUCAUCAACUCCCACACUCUCCAUCAACACACUGCCCUCCACUCAGAGUGA